ACAAGCAACUCCUGAAAAAUUACUUCUGAUUUUCAGCACGGAUAGACCUUAGGAGUGAAAACAACACGGAGACAAACAAAACCGGAAUGCUGUUUUGAACCAGACUAUUAUUUUGAAGGCACAGAGCGGAAGUGUCGUGACUACUCUGUCUCGGUGUAUCUGCGGUGUGUGGGUCUCGUCUCUUUCUCGGAGGUUUUCUCUCCGUGUGUCUGCAUCCAAUCACGGCAUCUCUGCUGCACACCAGGAUCAGGAGCUCUCCGACCAGGUCCAUCCGACGUCUGGAAGUCUGGCUACGAGCACCGACCAUCACGUCGCGGAUGGUUCUGUCUCCAGGCGGGGUACCUGGAAACCCGGGCCCGCAGUGGGAGCAGAGAGGAGGCCCCGACGCCCCCUUGUUCUGACCCAGAGAACGGCACCGAGGCUCGGUCAGGCUGUGAACUAGCAGGCCAGCUAACCUGUGCCGGAGCUCACAGGGUGGCACUGUAGGAGGAUGGUUAACGAGAUUGUUUUUAUCCGUUAGAGCCCUUCUUCUUUUUUAUGCAUCGGGGACGAUUUUGCACUAAAGGUCUAGAUAUUGGGGAGCUGGUGGCAAGCUAGCUCUGGGCUAGCUGUCCCGGUUAGCUUCUUUCCCGGCCAACAGACAGCGGAGGUUCCGCAACGGGGACGGGGGGAACACGGGCUGUUGCCCCGCUCUUUCUCCUAAUCUCACACCGCUCCCGGAGACGCCGAUAAUGGCUGCUUUAAUCAAGGAAAUCGUCAGCAGAAAUAAAAGGCGAUAUCAGGAGGACGGCUUCGACCUGGACCUGACCUAUAUUUAUCCCAACAUCAUCGCCAUGGGUUUCCCUGCGGAGCGACUGGAGGGAGUGUAUAGGAACAAUAUUGACGAAGUUGUCCGGUUUUUAGACUCAAAGCACAAGAGUCACUAUAAGAUCUACAACCUAUGUGCAGAGCGACAUUAUGACGCAUCAAAGUUCAACUGUCAAGUUGCUCAGUAUCCCUUUGAGGACCACAACCCACCCCAGCUGGAGCUGAUAAAGCCAUUCUGUGAGGACCUGGACCAAUGGCUGAGUGAGGAUGAGCAGCAUGUCGCAGCCAUCCACUGCAAGGCUGGAAAAGGUCGAACCGGUGUCAUGAUCUGUGCCUACCUGCUGCACCGAGGCAAGUUUCAGGAAGCUCAGGAGGCCUUGGACUUCUACGGAGAGGUCCGCACUCGCGAUAAGAAGGGUGUGACCAUUCCCAGUCAGCGGCGCUACGUUAUCUACUACAGCUUCCUGUUGAGGAACCAGCUGCAGUACAAACCUAUCGCUCUGCUCUUCCACAAGAUGCUGUUUGAAACGGUCCCCAUGUUCACUGGAGGCACCUGCAACCCUCAGUUUGUCGUUUACCAGCUGAAGGUGAAGAUCCACACCUCUAACCCCACCCACACCCGGAGAGAAGACAAACUAAUGAUCUUUGAGCUCCCGCAGCCACUUCCUGUCUGUGGAGACAUCAAGGUGGAAUUCUUCCACAAGCAGAACAAGAUGAUGAAGAAGGAAAAGAUGUUCCACUUCUGGGUCAACACGUUCUUCAUCCCAGGUCCGGAGGAGAACCCAGACAAACUGGAGAAUGGCAGUGCUGGGACGUUGCGGGAGCUGGCCGACAGAACACACCAGAACCCGGGAACGAUGACUGCAAUGAUGGUGGGAGCAGAAACCAACGACAGAGACUACCUGGUUCUCACUCUGACCAAGAACGACCUGGACAAGGCCAACAAAGACAAGGCCAACAGGAACUUCUCCCCGAACUUCAAGGUGAAAUUGUUUUUUACCAAGACGGUAGAGGAGGGAGCUAACUGUGAUGCAAGCAGCACGUCAGCCUCGGUGACACCAGAUGUCAGCGACAACGAGCCGGAUCACUACCGCUACUCCGACACAACGGACUCGGACCCAGAGAACGAGCCGUUUGAAGAGGACCACCACAAUCAGAUCACAAAAGUCUGACACGCACACACUCUCACACAUCGAUAUAUAAUAUACAGUAUGUAUGUAUGUAUGUAUGUAUACACACUCAUCAAGCCCCAGACUAAGACUAGCAUGUGGUUAGCUUACGGGGAAUAUUACCAACGGACCAGAACUGAUCUGUGGGACUCUGGAUUCAAAGAGCUUAGAUCAGAUGAUAAGCCCCCAACCCCCUCCAGUCCUCUGCUUGGUGCACACCUGGACAAUCAUGUGACACAGCGAUCGAAGGUGAGGAGGGCUGGGACAUGUGUGUGGUUGGCGGGGGGGGUGUCAGGCUGGGAAAACGGACAGCGAAUGGAGAAUAAGACAGAUGAAUGGACAGACAGGGGAGUUUAAAAA